CCCAAGCACCCUCUUUGUUGUCCACUGGCCCAGGCUUGGGACCAGUUUCGUGGCCGGGCGAGCCUCGCGACGUGGCCUUGGCCACCGCAGGCACUGAGUGGAGGUAGUAUCUUCAGGACCUUUCGAGUUCUCAAUGUUGCGUGUUCUGAGAAAUGCCUGUAGCCUCUGCGGCUCAAGAUGGCUUCAGGCUGCGCGUGGGAGUUGGGGCGUACGCCUCUCCAUCCGCGCCUGCUCUUGGGUUUUUCGGCGCCAGAGUUGCCGUUGCCGCUGACCUUGAUUCGGACACCGAUGGCCACGCGUCCCCAGGCUUUCCUCAUUUCGCACGGCUCCUUCGAUCCUGUGCACCGUCACCACCCAGAGAUGAUGGUGCAGGCGCGGCGUCACCUUGAGGCCGCUGGCUUUGAAGUCGUGCGGGGCUACCUCGCCAUCACACACGGCAGCCGCCUGGCAUACAAGGGUGUCGAGGCGCUCAAAGACCAGCACCGGUUCGCUGCGCUGCGGCUAGGGUGCGAUUCCGUUCCUGGUCCGCCCGGAUGGCUGAUCGCCGAGCCGCGAGGCGUGAAUUUCGGUUCUGGGUCGGCGCUCGUAAACGGUUUGCACCACGAGUUGCAGCAGGAGUCGCCAGGCGCCACCUUGUUCAACGUCGUGGGCGCCGACACCGCCCUCCGCUACCGCGCCGAGCGGAGAGGGCACGUCGCGAUCAUUUGCCGCAAGGGCUCCAGCGAGGCCCUUCUCCAGGAGAUAGGCGACACCAGCAGCAAUGGUAGGCUGUUCCUUGUCGAAGAGCUGUCUGGGGAGGAGUGCUGCGCGACGCCAUGCGGGCCGGGGAUGUUUAAGCAGUCCAGGCGAUGUGCCCCGAGCCCGUGGCGAAAUAUUUGUUAGAACACCGGGAGGAGCUGCACGAAGGGGAGGGCGGGGAUCCCCGCAUGAGUGGGGAGCGCCACUGUGAAGACGGAAGCGAGGGCAAGGGCACUGGCACGGCCGAAGGCGGACCUUCAGCCGAGGAGCCCGCGCCGCCACGUCCAUCUGCCCGUGCAGAGAGGCAGCUUGCCGCGAAGAUCUCGUCGCCGCUGGUCAUCGGCAUCACAGGGUCCACGCGGUCCGGUAAGUCGACGCUCGCCGCGAGGUUUGCCCGAGCCUUCGGCCCCGACGCGUGCGCGAUUGUCGGCCAGGACGACUUCCGCUUUCCCGGGGCAGACGUGCCAGAGGAUUCGUGGGUGGAGGUGGACGGCGUUUGGUUGCGUAAUUGGGAAACGCCAUCGCUCACCGACUGGAUCGCCUUCGAAGGCGCCAUUCAGCAGGCUGCAGCAACCCGCAGAAUCGUCUUGGCUGAGGGCUACUCACUUCUGCACUCCGAGCGCGUCCGCCGUAUGCUGUGCGGCGUCAUAUGGGUCGAGAUAGACGAACUCACGUGCUGGCAGCGACGCGGCCACUCCUACCCCCAGAAUUGGGACCGUGAUGCUUACUUUUCCCAGUGCAUUUGGUCGGCGCAUCAACGAUACAGGGCAUCGGUCUUCGAUGCCAAGGCGGGCAUCGCAAAGGCUUUCGUUGACAGAAUGCUCGUAGUGAGUGGAUCCGAGCCUCUGCGCGCUCUCUGCUCACAGGCCCUUACAUCGGUACAGAGUUGGGCCGCGGCAGGAGCCCCGGUAGAUCACCACCCAGUGGGAGACAUGCCAGCCACGCUUCCCCAGUUUAGACAUCCGGGAGGAGCUGUGCGAAGAAGAGAGCGGCGAUCCCCGUAGGAGUGGGAAGCGCAAGUGCGAAGACAGAUGCGAGGGCAAAGGCCUUCGCUGACAGAAUUUUCAACGUGAGUGGUUGCGAGCCACUGCACUCUCUCUGCUCGCGUGCGCUGGCAUGUGUACAGAGCUGGGGUCACAGCAGGAGCUCUGGUAGAUCACCAUCCAGUGACAGACGCGAAAGUUCUGAGAAACGCGCAGGGUUCGCAUUCAAGAGUGCCUUUGGGGCGUGUUUUGAAUGUCCAGCGCGUCUUUCCCCAGGUCAAGCAGUGACGAUGCGUUCUGGCUUGCAUAUAG